CACACAAUCCCAACAGAGCGAGAUGCGGGAGAUGUGAAGCAGCAACCGAGCCGCAGAGAGACUUGCUUGCUGCCCGGGUCCAACGGCGGCUUGUCUGGUCAAACCAAUGUCCUUCGCCAAGGGGGAGGGGGGAAUAUGCUUGGAUGCCGAUGGGCAGAACAAGCCUGGCGCGCACGUGGACGGGAUCAAGGAACGUUCCGAGGGGCGCAGGCGACGAGCAGGCGCCCAUGUACCAGCAAAGACGGCCUCUACUACUCCUACUCCUGCCUGUACGAGGUUCAAGGCGUCGUGAAACUGCGCGCUCGAUCUCUGGCCAUCCACUUGGGUCACCGCCGGGCAAAACGGUAACGAAGAAAAUGCUUUUCCGCUGGGUCGUGGCAGACGAUGCUUCGGGAUCUGACCACGGCAGAGACCAUGAGAAGAGAUAAUACUAUUAUAUCACGACCCCAGAUCUGUUGGGCCUGUUUGAGACCCGUCUCUUCCUCUCUCCCACGCGUCUGCACACCAGUUCCAACCGUUGAUUCCUCUGCACAUACGAUUCUCCCUUCUCCUCAGCCAGCCCCUUGGUGAGGUAUUAAUUGCGUGGCGCUUUGCGACAAGUCUAUCGCGCUCAACAACGCCAUUCCACUGCCCCGGAAAGGAUUCUUGGAUUGAGAUAUUGACCACGAUUACCAUCCCUUCGUGGGAUCACACGAUAUCGACAAAAAAAAGAGUCCACUUCGGAGCAUUCCGAGAGCUUUUUCUCAGUCCCAUUGUGUUCGGAAAAUUCCCGUCUCGAAAGCAAAAAAAAAAUACAUCGAAGCGGCGGGCAGAUAAUUACGUCAUUCAAGCCCCUGACCUCGACAGCCUGAUCCCGUCAAUAUCAAAACCUCCCCCCCCUAAUUCUGAGGCGAAGCGAGUCAAAUCGGCUCCAAGCCAUGGGUAAAGUUCAGCUCCAUGUCAUCAUCGUCGGCGCCGGGCUUGGAGGACUGGCGGCCGCAAUCGCAAUUGCCCGGGCUGGCCACAAAGUGACUAUCCUGGAGCAGGCCCCGGCUCUGGGAGAGGUCGGCGCCGGCAUCCAGAUCCCGCCCAACAGCACGCGCAUCCUGUCUCGCUGGGGCCUGCUCCCGGCCAUCGAGAAGGUGUCGGUGCGCCCGCAGAACUUCAUCCUGCGCUCCUACCGCGACGGCCAGGUGCUGUCCACCCAGCCGCUCAUCCCGCACUGCGAGGCCGUCUACGGGUACCCGUACCUCCACAUCCACCGCGCCGACUACCACAAGAUCCUGGUUGAGGAGGCCGAGCGCCAGGGGGUCGAAAUCCUGCUGGACAGCUUCGUGACCGGCAUCGACUUUGAGCUGCCGGCCGCGCACAUCAAGGGCCGCGCCGAGCCCUUCACGGCGGAUCUGAUCGUCGGCGCCGACGGGCUCAAGUCGGUCUGUCGCGAGGCGCUGCUGGGCCGGCCGGACCCGCCGCAUCUCACGGGCGACCUGGCAUACCGGAUCGUGGUGCCCGCCGAGGCGAUGACGGCGCACCCCUUGCUGCGCGACCUGGUCGCCGUGCCCAACAUCAACUACUGGAUGGGGCCGGACGCGCACGUGGUCUCGUACCUCCUCAAGGGCGGCAACCUGUACAACAUCGUGAUCGCGUGCCCGGACAACCUGCCGGAGCUGGUCAACCAGCAAAAGGCCGACCUGGCCGAGAUGCACGCGCUGUUCCGGGCCUGGGACCCGCAGCUGCGCGCGCUGCUGAGCCUGUGCCGGGACACGAGCAAGUGGCGCCUGCAGAACUCGCGCGAGAUGCCCACCUGGAGCCACCCGGCCGGCCGCUUCACCCUGCUGGGCGACGCCUGCCACGCCACCCUGCCGUACCUGGCCCAGGGCGCCGCGCAGGCCGUCGAGGACGGCGCCGUGCUGGGCCACCUGUUCGAGAAGGUCGAGUCGCGCGCCCAGCUGCCCGAUCUGCUGGCCAUCUACGAGGGCGUGCGCAAGCCGCGCGCCACGCGCGUGGUCGACGGCGCCUCGCAGUUCGGGCGCGACAUCUUCCACCUCCGUGACGGGCCGCGCCAGCAGGAGCGCGACCGCCAGCUGCUCGCCUGGCAGGACCACCCCUUCGAGGGCUACCAGAACCGCUGGCGCGACCCGGUCUUCCAGCAGUUCCUGUUCGGCUACGACUGCGCCGACGUCGUCGACCGCGCCUGGCUCCGCUACCAGCAGGGCCGCUUCCCCGGCACUAUGGGCCGCUUUGCCCCCGGGGCGGCGGACAAUACCAACGGCGCCCCCGGCACGGGCGAGGUGAGGUGAGGAGAUGACCACGGGGUCGUCGCCCGUGCUGCUGUGUUUGAACUGGAAUUUGAGAGGGGAUUGGAUGAAUGAACGAGUCAAGCGGCUGAAACGGCCUUUUCUUUUGUGUGGUGCACUGCGGAUGGCGCGUUUGAUAUGCGAAUUAAGGGAAACCAGGGCGAACAGAAUCGGCAUGGCGUGGCGGGGGCAGCACAGUGCGUUUUAUGUCGCAUGAUAGCUGCAUAGCACCGUCCAUGGCCAUGACAUAGAAUAGAUGACGCAGAUCGCAUAGCAGGGUAUAGCUAGCAUAGCAUAGCGUAUCAUAGCACAGCACAGCAGGCUAUAAAGGAGCAUCAAAACAGCAGAAAUGCUUCUGAGAAAAA